AUGAGCGACCUGGAGCUGCUGCUGCCGGGACAGGCUGAUGGACUGGUGCGGGGUCUGCGCAGCUUCCCUCUGCGUGAGAUAGGCUCUCCAGGGUGGAACCAGCAGCAUGAGAACCUGGAGAAGCUGAACAUACAAGCGAUUCUAGAUGCCACAGCCAGCCAGGGUGAGCCCAUCCAGGAGCUCCUGGUCACCCACGGGAAGAUCCCAGUGCUUGUGGAGGAUCUGAUCACAGUGGAGAUGUGGAAACAGAAGGUGUUCCCUGUCCUGUGCAAGCUGGAAGACUUCAUGCCCCAGAACACCUUUCCCAUCUAUAUGGUGAUCCACCAUGAAGCCUCCAUCAUCAACCUUUUAGAGACAGUCUUUUUCCACAAGGAGGUAUGUGAGUCAGCAGAGGACACCAUCUUGGACCUGGUGGACUACUGUCACCGCAAACUCACUCUGCUGGUGGCCAGGAGUCAUUGUGACAGCCUCCCUAAGGAGGAAGGGUCCCAAGACAUCACCCCCAUGCAGGAGCUGCAGCAGCAGGCAGAACUGAUGGAAUUUGAGAUUGCACUGAAGGCCCUCUCGGUGCUCCGCUACAUUACAGACUGUGUGGACAGCCUUUCUUUGAGCACUUUGAAUCGCAUGCUCAGCACCCACAACCUGCCCUGCCUCCUGGUGGAACUGUUGGAACACAGUCCCUGGAGCCGAAAAGAAGGAGGCAAGCUGCAGAGAUUUGAGGGUGGCCACUGGCAGACUGUGGCCCCCAGAGACCACCAAAAGCUAAGUAAGUUGGAUGGGCAAGUGUGGAUCGCCCUGUACAACCUGUUGCUAAGCCCAGAGGCACGGGCUCGCUACUGCCUCACAAACUUUGCCAAGGGUCAACUGCUCAAGCUUCGAGCCUUCCUCACAGACACCCUGCUCGAUCAGUUGCCCAACCUGGCAGACCUGCAGAAUUUCCUGGCCCAGCUGACCUUAGUUGAAACUCAAACCCCCAAAAAGGACCUGGUGUUGGAACAGAUCCCAGACAUCUGGCAGAGGCUGGAGCAAGAGAACAAAGGCAAGUGGCAGGCUAUUGCCAAGCAUCAGCUGCGGCACGUGUUCAGCCCCUCAGAGCAGGAACUGCGGCAGCAGGCACGGAGGUGGGCUGAGACUUAUCGGCUGGAUGUGCUCGAGGCAGUGGCCCCUGAGCGGCACUGCUGUGCUUAUUGCAGUACAGAGGCCUCCAAACGCUGUUCCAGAUGCCAGAAGGAAUGGUAUUGCUGCAGGGAGUGCCAGGUCAAACACUGGGAGAAACACGGAAAAGUCUGUGUCGAGGCAGCCCAGAGUGACAGAGCUAAGUAA